AUGGGCAACCAGCAGUCCAGCGGCAAGGAUAAGAAGGGCGACAAGGGCGGUGCCGACGGCGUGCCUCUUGGUCGCGAGUACUACCGCUCCUUUGAGAGAUCUGACACCAAAGACUCUACGCGCUCGUUACGCAACUCGUUGCGGAACAAAAUCCCAGGAACCGGCAAAUCCGACAGCCCACGAAAUUCUGUUGCUGGCCUCAACGAUACCAACGGCAAAGCUGACAAGUCAGAUGCAGCUUCCACUAAGUCGAGAGGAUCGCGGCGGGGCUCCGUCGCCUCAGCUUCAGCAACCAUACCGCCAGAGGCAUCCCCAGAGGUCGCUGACAAGGCUGACCAAGACCAAGACGAAGAUGAACCGCAGGCGCCGCCCUCGCCUGUCCACGGCGCGACCCUCGGAACAGGACAUGAAGGAGUGAGCAAGGCUCAGCGAACCGGCGAAGUCGACCACGUCUCUGAUGUGCCUCCUACAGGAGCAGCACAGCCACUGGCAUCUGCCCAACCCGGAGAGUCUAUCCUGCAAAGGAAGGACCAACCAAUACCCAGGCUUCCCGAGCCUCCCGCGCCCACUGACGGUUCAGGUUCUCCCAUGGAGCUCACUGCGCUCAAGACCAUGGAUCUCGACGAUAUGAUCCAGCGACUCUUAGACGCAGCCUAUGCUGGAAAAGUUACCAAGACGGUCAGCUUGAAGAAUGCUGAGAUAUUCGCCAUCUGUUCGGCUGCUCGAGAGGUCUUUCUAAGUCAACCCGCACUGCUCGAGCUCGCUCCACCUGUCAAGAUCGUUGGCGACAUUCACGGGCAGUACACCGAUCUGAUCCGCAUGUUCGAGAUGUGCGGAUUCCCACCAAACUCGAAUUACCUAUUCCUUGGCGAUUACGUAGACCGCGGCAAACAGAGCUUGGAAACAAUCCUGCUCCUACUCUGCUACAAGCUCAAGUUCCCCGAGAACUUCUUCCUCCUACGCGGCAACCACGAAUGUGCCAACGUCACACGUGUAUACGGUUUCUACGACGAAUGCAAGAGGAGAUGCAAUAUCAAAGUCUGGAAGGCUUUUGUGGAUACAUUCAAUACGCUACCUAUUGCGGCUAUUGUCGCACAGAAGAUCUUUUGUGUGCAUGGUGGCUUGUCUCCAAGCUUGUCGCACAUGGAUGACAUCAGGCAAAUUGCGCGACCUACCGAUGUACCCGAUUAUGGCUUAUUGAACGACCUGCUGUGGAGUGAUCCUGCAGACAUGGAGAAUGACUGGGAGUCCAACGAAAGAGGUGUCAGCUAUUGCUUCGGAAAGAAGGUCAUCAUGGAGUUCCUGGCAAGACACGACUUCGACCUUGUUUGCAGAGCCCAUAUGGUGGUAGAGGAUGGUUAUGAGUUCUUCACUGAUCGAGUGUUGGUCACUGUAUUCUCGGCACCAAAUUAUUGUGGCGAGUUCGAUAACUGGGGUGCCGUCAUGUCAGUCUCGGGAGAAUUGCUCUGCAGUUUUGAGCUUUUGAAACCCCUCGACUCGAGCGCGCUUAAGAGCCAUAUCAAGAAGAGCAGGAAUAAGCGUCAAAGCAUGCUUAACUCACCACCCGCACACUACGCACCUCAAAGUUACUAA